GAUGCUGAGGCCGGGCCGGCGGGGCCUGCUCUGCCCGCGAGGCUCGGCUGCAGGGCACAGCCCGUGGGCCCCGCCGGGCUCCGGCAUCACCUCAUGGCGGGGGAAGGUCUGGAGCUGUGGCAGGGAGGGUGAGCGUGGAUUUUGGGUAAAGGUUCUUCCCGCAGAGGGUGCUGGGCACUGCCAGACACGGGGCAGCCAGAGCUGCAGGAGCGCUUGGGCAGCGCUGCCAGGGAUACAGGUGUUUGUGCCUACUGCCUCAGCAGGGACCAGGACGAGAUGCAGAACGACGCUGGGGAGUUCGUGGACCUUUAUGUCCCUCGGAAAUGCUCUGCUAGCAACCGAAUCAUUGGUGCUAAGGAUCAUGCUUCCAUUCAGAUAAACAUUUCUGAGGUGGACAAGGUGACAGGCAGGGUGAAUGGCCAGUUCAAGACUUACGCCAUCUGCGGCCCCAUCCGGAGAAUGGGUGAAUCAGAUGAUUCCAUUUUGCGUCUGGCGAAAAAUGAUGGAAUUGUUUCCAAGAACUUUUAACUGAAGAAACUCCAUUAUGGAACGUGUGAAAUAAACAGUUUAAAACUGUA